ACUCAGAGAAGUCUCCUCCAAAAAGGUAAAAAAGAAAAAGAAAAACAUGAAUAGAAGCUUGGUCUGGAGUAUGAGUUGGAGCUAAAGAUAACUGGGUUGGACCAAGAUGGCAAGAGCUUAUGCUAUCUUCUUCUUCAUAUUUCUAUUGCCAUUGUUCAUUUGCAUGACAGCAAUCAAAGUCCAAGCACAACCAGAAGGCCAACUUCCUGCUGAUGAAGUGGAAGCUCUUAGUGAAAUAGCAAGGCAAUUGGGGAAGAAAGACUGGACUUGCAAAGAGAAUCCAUGCAGUAACGUCUCCAGCUGCUGGAAUACAACAUACUCAACUGAUAGGCCAUGGUACAACAAUACCCUUAUCUGCAACUGCAACUUUACUGGUGGUGUAUGCCACGUCGAUACCUUAUUUCUCAAGGGCCAGGAUCUUGAUGGUGUGCUUCCCCCAGCUCUGGCUAAGCUACCUUAUCUCAAGAAAGCUGAUUUCACACGAAACUACCUGAAUGGGACAAUACCGCCGGAAUGGGCUUCUACAAAGUUGCAAUUUCUGUCUGUUACCUCGAAUCGCUUAUCAGGGCCAAUUCCAGACUACUUGGGGGAAAUCACAACACUUGUAUACCUGUUUAUUGUAACCAUAAAGGGAUACAAUAUUUACAGGAGCAUUGAGAGCAACUUAUUUUCUGGAAAUGUGCCUCCUAAGCUAGGGAAAUUGGUCAACUUGGCGAAUCUAAUUCUUAGUGCUAACUAUCUCACAGGGGAGUUGCCCUCUGCUCUUACAGAUCUUUCCAAACUGACUGAACUGAGGAUUAGCAGCAACAACCUCACUGGAAGAAUGCCCGAUUUUUUUCAAAGUUGGAAGCAGCUUCAGAAAUUAGAAAUACAAUCCAGUGGCCUUGAAGGACCUAUUUCUUCAAGCAUCUCCUCCUUAAUUAAUUUAAAAGAAUUAAGGAUUAGUGACUUACAUGGAGCUGGUUCGAAGUUUCCACUCCUUGAAAACAUGAUGAACAUUAGUAGUUUGAUGUUGAGGAAUUGCAAUAUCUCUGGAGAGAUUCCCCCCUUCAUAUCAGCAAUGAAAGAACUCAAAAUACUAGAUCUUAGUUUCAACAAGUUGGAUGGGCAUAUUCCAAGUCUUCAAGGUCUCAAAAACAUAAAGAAAAUAUAUCUGACGAGCAACUUUCUGUCUGGAUCCAUCCCUGACUGGAUCAAGAGAAACGAGGAAUGCCAAAUAGAUCUUUCAUAUAAUAAUUUCUCUGAAAGCUCUCUACCGAAUGCUUGUGAAGAAUCCCCAAAUUUGUUCAAGAGCACUUCUGGACUGAAGGGAUUUGUUGGUGGGUGCCUGGAAGAGCACUACUGUCAUGAAGUUCGGUAUUCAUUUCACAUAAAUUGUGGGGGAAGAGCAACUACCAUCGGAGACAUCAGCUAUGAAGGGGAUGAAAAAAACGGAGGUCCAGCAAAUUACAUUCCUGCGGUACAAGAGGAUUGGAUGACCAGUACCACAGGACAUUUCUGGGAUGUAUCAGACAUGACUGUAGAUAUAGCACGUAAUGAAUCUCAACUGACAAUGAAAAAUGCUGAACUAUACCAGACUGCCCGCCUAUCUCCUCUCUCUCUCACAUAUUACAUGCGUUGCUUGGCAAAUGGAAAUUUUACUGUGAAACUUCAUUAUGCUGAGAUUAUAAUAAGGGGCAAUCGAUCAUUUUGCAGUCUUGGAAGACGGAUAUUUGACGUUUAUAUCCAGGGAAAACUUGUAUCGAAGGAUUUCAAUAUCAAGGAAGAAGCCAAUGGGGUUGAUAAGGAAGUUAUCCAUGUGGUUAAUGGAGUUUUUGUUACUGAUGGAACUUUAGAGAUACGGUUUCACUGGGCUGGGAAAGGAACAACAACGAUCCCUAGCAAAGGAACCUAUGGUCCUUUGAUAUCGGCACUCUCUGUUGAAUCAGAGUUUAAGCCUCCCAGUGAGGGGAAAAGUAAAAUGUUCUUCAUGGUUGGAUCCAUAGCCUUAGUGUUGCUUCUUAUUCUCAUAAUGCUGGGAACUCUGUGGUGGAAGUGCUGCUUGGGAGGCAGGACAUCUAGGGAACAAGGUCUGAUUGGAUUAGAUUUGCAAACUGGUAUUUUUACCUAUAGACAAAUAAAAGCUGCCACUAACAACUUUGAUCCUGCAAACAAGAUUGGGGAAGGUGGUUUUGGUUCUGUAUACAAGGGUAUAUUGGUAGAUGGUAUGAUAGUUGCAGUCAAACAGCUUUCAUCGAAAUCAAAGCAAGGAAAUCGUGAAUUUGUAAAUGAGAUAGGCAUGAUUUCUGGCUUACAACAUCCAAAUCUAGUUAGAUUGUAUGGAUGUUGUAUUGAUGGAAACAAAUUAUUGUUGGUAUACGAAUAUAUGGAAAACAAUAGUCUUGGACGUGCACUGUAUGGUCCGGAGGAAGGCCAGUUGAAAUUAGAUUGGUCUACAAGGCAAAGGAUUUGUGUUGGGGUAGCAAGGGGUUUGGUUUUUCUGCAUGAGGAGUCCACACUGAAGAUUGUUCAUAGAGACAUUAAACCUACCAAUAUACUACUUGAUACGGCUCUAAACCCUAAGAUAGCUGACUUUGGCUUGGCUAAACUUGAUGAAGAGGAGAACACCCACAUCAGCACCAGAGUUGCUGGGACUAUAGGAUACAUGGCUCCAGAAUAUGCAUUGUGGGGUUACUUGACUGAUAAAGCAGAUGUUUACAGUUUUGGAGUCGUUGCCUUGGAAAUUGUGGCCGGAAAGAGCAACAUGAAAUACCGACCAAAUGAGAACUAUAUAUGCCUUGUUGAUUGGGCCAUUGUCUUACAACAGAGAGGAAAUAUGAUGGAGCUUGUAGAUCCUAAAUUGGGGUGUGAUUUCAACAAGGAAGAGGCAACUAGAAUGAUUAAAGUUGGGCUAUUGUGCACUAACCCAACAUCAGCACUUAGGCCCACCAUGUCAGCAGUGGUGAAAAUGCUUGAAGGCCAAGUCUCUGUUCCUGAACUCAUCAUGGAUCCAAGCAUAUAUGGCGAUGAAUUGAGGUCUAAAUUUAAUGCCUUAAGAAACCAGUUUGGGCAGAUUAUAGAACAGAAAUCAGGUGACACACAGUCCCUCAUUCGUUCAUCAGAUUUAUCGUGGAUUGGGUCAUCCUCAACAUCUGCCCAGGAUCUCUAUCAAAUUAAUCCGAACUCUCGGUACAAGUAAAUGUGUUGCUGCCUAUUUGUAUGGUGCUUAGUCCACGAAGGGGUCAUUACAUGUACAUCCUCCUGUUCAGUCUUAGAUCAGACUGAUGAUAAAUUGCAGGUUAUUAUGAUGCAUUUGAUGGAAAUAUUGGGUACUUUUCAGUGGCUCAGUGAUCUCGUUUUCACGUUUGUUGGUCUUGCAUCCUUGCUACAUUCUGUUAGAGAAAAAAUUGGCUUUUUGUGGAUUUUAUUCAGGGAUAUAUGUGAAGUUUGUGAAUUGCUCAUGCUCUGGAGGAUUGGGCAAUUUAUGAUCUGGAAUGCAUGUUGAUGAAGGAAAAUGCCCCUCCUUUGCGUGAAUGCGUCAUCGACAAUUAGACCUACAAUGUCUGAGGUCGUAAGCUUGCUUGAAGGAGAAAUGUCCGUCCCAGACGUGCUUCCAGAUCCAAGCAAUUACAUGGAAGAUGACACAAGAUUCUUUAUGUUUUCUGCAAGAGUUUUCAAGGAAAAUGACCCAAGUAAAGCAUUUAAACACUAUAUAUAUGACCAUUCAACUGGUCAAUACUGUUGUUCUAAUGUUACUUUCAUUACUGUUACUUUAGCUGAA